GAUUGUGAUCGGGGCGAUCAUAGAGAACACUCCUGCAGAACGCGACGGACGACUUCGACCCGGGGACGAGCUCAUCUCCGUGGAUAAGAUGGUGGUUGCUGGGAAACCACACAGAUACGUGAUCGACCUGAUGCACGCCGCCGCUCGCAAUGGCCAGGUCAGCCUGGCUGUCCGGAGGAGAGUCCACUUCCCCAGUGAGGUGUUAGGGGUGAAUGGCCGUAGCCCUGGCUCCGUGUCCACGCAGCACAGCUCCCCGCACAGCGACGACGCCUCAGCUUCCUGUCCCGUCACCUCCGACAACGUCCCGCCGCCCUCCGUCACCUCCCCCCUGGAGGGUGCCAUCCCCCUGCAAACCAAUGAUGUCAUCAUCCACCGCAAAGAGAACGAAGGCUUUGGCUUCGUUAUCAUCAGCUCGUUGAACCGACCGGAGAACGCUGCCAUCAUCACUGUGCCCCAUAAGAUCGGUCGUAUCAUCAAGAGCAGCCCGGCAGACCGCUGCGGGAGCCUGAAGAUUGGUGACCGGAUCCUGGCUGUCAAUGGGCAGUCCAUCAUCAGCAUGCCCCACGCUGACAUUGUCAAGCUCAUCAAAGAUGCCGGUCUCACUGUCACCCUUCACAUCAUACCAGAGGAAGAUCCCAACUCAGGGCCCAGCUCAGAGAAGCAGAGCCCCAUGACCCAGAAACACAGCCCCCAGGCACAGCCCAGCCCUGUAGCCACCCAGCCCAGCCAAGGAGCCUCCCAGGCAGGCCCAGCACCACCAACAGCCCAGCCAGGCCAAGUACUAGCAGUAGACACCCAGCCGGCCCCAGGAGCAGCCGCCCAGCCCAACCCGCCAGGGGCCCAGCAGAGCCCGGUCGCCCAGCCGCCCAGUCACCCUCCCCCAAUCUACCUCCACGAUGGAAGGUCAGAGGUGAAAGCCAGGCAGGAUGUGAAACCAGACAUCUGCCAGCCUCCGUUCACCGACUACCGGCAGCCCCCCGUCGACUACCGGCACCCUCCAGUGACUGAUUACCGGCAGCCGCCCACACUGGACUACCGGCACCCUCCUCCCCUCAUCGACUACAGACAGCACUCGACAUCACUCGCUGCACAGUUUCCCCCAGACUUCCGACCACAGGACUUUGACUACUUCACGGUAGAGCUGGAGAAGAGUGUGAAGGGUUUUGGCUUCAGUAUCCGUGGGGGGAGGGAGUACAAGAUGGAUCUGUUUGUGCUGCGGCUCGCCGAGGAUGGGCCGGCCAUCCGCAAUGGCAGAAUGAGGGUGGGGGAUCAAAUCAUUGAGAUAAAUGGGGAUAGUACCCGAGACAUGACUCACGCCCGGGCCAUCGAGCUGAUCAAGGCAGGGGGGAGGUGGGUGAGACUGCUGCUGAAGAGAGGCACAGGACAGGUGCCUGAGUAUGGUGGGUAUCCACCAAACACACCUCCCAUAUUUAUUUCUCUUUCUCGCUGUGAGUCUCCUCCUUUUUCAGUAGACAGUGCCCCUCCCUGGGAGGCCAUUCCUCCAGCCCUCUCUGCCCUGCAGGAAGUGACCCUUGACCCCCAGCAGCUGUCCACCUCAUCUUUCUCAUCCCAUCCAGCCUUCACCCCAUACUCCCCCCACCAGCUCCUUUUAGAGGCCACACCGCGUAUGGCAGCCCAUUCUCCAGACCCCAGCGCCACGAAAGGGGCUAUAGGUGGCAGGUGCACCCAGCCCAGGGGCACCGUCCGUGGGCAAAGAACCCUGCAGUGGCCUGAGGAGUUGGAGGAGGGGCCCCGAGAGCCCCAACCUCCGCCGCGGCCCCCGAAAGCUAGAUGGAGGUCUGCGGAGAGGAGAGAGAGCAGCAGCACCCACCCAUGCAGGAUCCAAACACCGCCGCAUGGCCCUGGGACUCUUCCUACCUGA